AUGAUCAUGAGAAAAGAAAAGAUUCAAGAGGUUCCAGAAUCAAUAGAAGAAAUCAAUAAGCUUUUAUUAUUAAUAGCAAUGAAUAUUCAGGAAAUGUUGAUUGUGAAAAAGUUGAACAAUAUAAUUAGCACAAAAGUGGAUUCAAAAGAUAAGUUCCUGGAAGAGAUUGAGGAGAUUUAUAAUGAUCAAACCACCAAAAGAGUUUUUGGUGGAACAUUCACCACACCAAUUAACAAUUGUGCAUUGUUAUUAUUUGAAAGAUAA